GGGCAUGAGUGCCCUUGUGGCAAUUAAAAUGACUGUGCUCCUUAAUAAAUCCUGUGAGAUAUGAGGUAACUACUUCAGAAUUGCCAAUCAUUGUUUUUAUAUGUUCUUCAAUUUCGCCUUCUUUGUUUGGAUGCAAUAAUCAGUGAUGCUCUUCAAGAAAGUAUCUCUACAUGGCAAAAGAUAGAAAAUUCCCUUAACAGUGUCUCUCAGGAAGAAUCUAUGAUACCUUGACAGUUCCUGAUCAUAGGCUUUCCUAACAACUGAUGAGAGUGACUCCUCCUUGUCAGCAUGAAGGUUCUCAAUGAUUCUCUACAGAAGGAGAAUAAACCUCAGUAAUUUUUCGAUACUCCUGCAUGAGACAAUAUGCUUGUAGAAUUGAGACUUCUUGUCAAAUCAAAAGGACUAGCUAUUGAUUCCUUUUCCUUUCCCCAGGCCUUAGAAGAUUUCAACUUCAAAGAACUUCUCUACUGACUUGAUUUCCUCUCCUUUUACGAUCCACUUCUCUCUAUUUUCCUUAACAAUCUUGCACUUAGCAAUGGUUAGCAAAACCCUACAUUGACUAGCUUGCCUAUAGCUUUAAGCAUGAGGACGAAGCACUCUCAGUUCUCACAGAGCAGGUUAAUAUCUAUUGAUCCUCAUCUUUCAGAGACAUCCUUGGACAUAUCGAUAAUUUUAUGCAGGUCAAAUGUACCCAUCUCCUUCCAUAUUUGCCAAAUUUAGGCAAAAUUUU